UGUUUGGGCGCUUUUAACUCUGCAAGGUAUAAAAUGAUCCCCCACAACUCACACCUCUCCCCCACAAGGGACACACAAUCAAUCGCAGCACAACAGCGACACCCAGUGGACUGUCCUGGGCUGCUACCACAUUUACAUAAAUGACUACCAAACCGUUUGAGACCCACUGAGAUAACUUAGACUAAAGUUAACUCUCUAAACUCUGGGAGAGUCCUUUACCUCACUGAGCUGUAGUUAUCUGAGCCUCUCAGUCUGACAGGAGAGGACUCUCCUCGACCUUGUUCUAGAGACAGAUCCUGAUAUCCGUUAGCGCAGCUAGCUCCAGAUGCUAACAACAACAAUUCAAUUCAUUCAUGAGAGCACGUGAUGCAUUCAGCCUCUGCAGCCUCUCUGCAGGACACACCCCGGAAGUAUCAUCGUGCAACACCUGGCAGAGAAGCAGCGUGAUGGCGCCGGUGUGGAAACACUUGUUGGCGUUUUACCUUCACUGCUAACAGCCUGCACAUUGUGCUAUCCCGUCAGCGUUGGUGAGUGCAGAGUUUCUGGACCAAACCUGAGGACAGCCGGGUUUCUUCACAUCAUCCUCGUCCUCUUCUUCCUCCACUCGUGAGCACACGUGAUGCAUUCAGCCUCUGCAGCCUCUCUGCAGGACACACCCCGGAAGUAUCAUCGUGCAACACCUGGCAGAGAAGCAGCGUGAUGGCGCCGGUGUGGAAACACUUGUUGGCGUUUUACCUUCACUGCUAACAGCCUGCACAUUGUGCUAUCCCGUCAGCGUUGGUGAGUGCAGAGUUUCUGGACCAAACCUGAGGACAGCCGGGUUUCUUCACAUCAUCCUCGUCCUCUUCUUCCUCCACUCGUGCCUCUGCUCGACAGUUAAUCUGCAGCGGUUGUGAUUUAUUGCGCAUGAUCUUGUGACGCAAAGUACCUGAGGCGGAACCAUGGACAGAUAAAUCCCAUGCAGGCGCCGAGCCGGACUCAUUUCUGUGGAGCACCGCUUCCGGGACCAGGCGGAGGGAUGUGGCUGCUGUCAGUGCUGGUGCCUCUGCUGCGGCUCUAUCUGUGCGGAAUAAAAGUCCUCAUCUAUCAGAUGUUCAACAAGUCCUUUAAACUUCCAGUCUUACCCAGGCAGGAUGGCAGGGUGGCCAUUGUGACGGGGGGGACCAGAGGGAUGGGUUUUGAGACAGCGAGACACCUGGCCAGCCUUGGCAUGCAUGUUAUCAUAGCUGGGAACGAGAAGGAGGAGGGGGCGGCGGCCGUCAGGAGGAUCCAGGAGGAAGGAAGCGAGAGGAAAGCUGAGUUCGUGUUCAUGGACCUCACCUCGCUGAAGUCGGUGCGAAACUUUGCCCAGGCGUUCAAACAGCGGCGCCUCCCGCUCCACGUGCUGGUGAACAAUGCGGGGACCAUGAUGGUGCCUGAGAGGAAGACGGAGGACGGCUUUGAGUUCCACUUUGAGCUCAACUACCUGGGCCACUUCCUGCUGACCAACCUGCUGCUGGAUGCCCUGAAGAGGUCGGGGCGGGGGGGGCGCUGCUCCAGGAUCGUCAACAUGUCCUCCGCUACUCACUUUGCAGGAGCGAUACACUUGGACGACCUGAACAGGAGUAUAUGCUACAGCUCCCAUGGUGCCUACUCGCAGAGCAAACUGGCUCUGGUGCUCUUCACCUACUACCUGCAGGAGCAGCUGACGGCCGGCGGCUUCCCGGUGAUCACCAACGCCGUGGACCCUGGCAUGGUGGACACGGCGCUGUACAACAACCUGUGGAGCCUCGCACAGGCGAUGAAGAAACCUGUGGCCAAGAUCCUGUUCAGGACUCCGGCAGAGGGAGCGUCCAUCUCCGUGUAUGCUGCGGCCGCCUCUGAGAUGGAGGGGGUGGGCGGCUGUUACCUGUACAACGGCCAGAAGAUGCAGUCCUCCCCCCCGUCCUACGACUCUGAGCUGCAGGCUGAGCUGUGGAAGAAGAGCUGCCAGCUGGUGGGUCUUUAGGAGGUCUGACUGUGCCUCCCACAGAGGGGGAGCUCCACACACUUUACCGUCCACACGCACACGUGCCUUUGCAGCUAUAAUGGAUUUCUGAAAUCGUCCCAUCAUGUAGGACACAGAUGCUAAUGCUAACUGUAGCGCACACUGUCUACAGUAUGUGGAGUAAAGUAAGCACUGAGGUAAAGACAUGCAGGAACUGAAGACUCAUCAUUAAUUCGAUGAACUUAGAAAUGAUCCACUGUAAGUAAACCAAGGUAAUAAUAAGACCUUUAGAAUGUAUUCAAAUCAAGUGUCUUAUUUAUUGAUUACAAUACGCACAAAUUGUUUACAAUGAUCACUGAUUUAUGCCUUUUUCCACUAGAUGUUAUGUACAUAUUAUACCAACAGAUUCUCAAAUGUAUUAUCGUGUUAAUAAACAAAGAGCCUUCAAUUUGA